UCAUAACAUCAUUGUCCGUGGUGCGCAAAAAGUAGUUGUUUAAUUAUUCAUUUUAUUGUGUUGUAAUUUUGAAUAUUUUCUAAUAUUCGUAGUGUAUUGAUAGUGAAUUGAUCUUAAUCGAAAGCAAUUUUAUUGAUCUUUCAUGAUUAAUAGAUGAAUCCUUUGUUCUUAGUUAAAAAAAACAAAUAACUUGGUUUCAUUUUGUUUGUGGUUAGACUCUGAAGUGUAUAUAUUUACACAACAAUAAAAAAAAUAUCAAGUGUUAAAUCAACUUCAGACUUUGACAAAUCCAACUUCUAUCACAAUGACGCAAAGACCUGAUGAUCAUAGAAGAAAAUGGAAUCGAGAGGAAUACGAACGAUUAGCACUCCAAAGAUUGCAAGAAGAAAUAGCAGAGGAAGAAUUAGGCAUUCCUAAACAGCCAGCUGUGAAAAGAGAAUUGUUAAAGCAAAGAGAUUACAAAGUUGAUUUGGAAUCCAAACUUGGUAAAAGUGUUGUUAUAAAUAAAAAUACGCCUUCUUCACAAACUGGAGGAUAUUAUUGCAAUGUUUGUGACUGCGUUGUCAAAGAUUCAAUUAAUUUCUUGGACCAUAUCAAUGGAACGAAACAUCAACGUAAUUUGGGUAUGUCAAUGAAAAUAGAAAGAUCAACAUUAGACCAAGUGAAAGCUCGAUUUGCUUUGAACAAAAAAAAAUUAGAAGAAAAGAGAAAAGAUUAUGAUUUGGAGCAACGUGUCAAAGAAUUGAAAGAAGAGGAAGAAAAAAUCAAAGAAUACAGAAAAGAAAAAAGGAAAGAACGUAAGCGAAAAAUGGAAGAACUAGCUGAUGAAGAAACUGGAAGUAGCCCGUCUGAUGAAAUGGCAGCAAUAAUGGGUUUUUCUGGAUUUGGUUCUAAGAAGAGAUAAUUAUUUAUUCACUGUAGGAAAAUAAUAUUUAUUACUUUACAACAAUAGUUUACUAAUUUUAAAUUAAUGAAAGUACUAAAUC